GUUUCAGUUGACUUUCAUCGCUUGUAAGAGAAACAUGGAUUUGUAUUGCGUGCCUUUUGCCACCCCGAGUCGUUCGGUCAUCUUGGCCGCAACUGCAUUGGGCGUCAAGCUUAACCGGGUUAUUGUGAAGACCCACGAACAGGAGCAUCUGAAGCCGGAGUUCUUGAAGAUCAAUCCUCAGCAUACGGUGCCCACUCUCGUGGACAAUGGCUUCUCUUUGUGGGAAUCGCGUGCGAUUAUGGUGUAUCUCAUUGAGAAGUACGGCAAAGACGACUCUCUCUUCCCCAAAGAUCCCAAACAACAAGCGCUCGUAAAUCAGCGUCUCUAUUUCGAUAUGGGAGUUCUGAACUUGGCUUUCAGUGAGUUUUACUAUCCACAAUUCCGUGAGAAGAAGGCCGGAGAUCCCGAGAAAUUCAAGAAGAUCGAGGCUGCCUUUGAUUUCUUAAACACAUUCUUGGAUGGUCAAAAAUACGUAGCUGGCGAUCAUUUAACUAUUGCCGAUAUUGCCAUCAUUACCACGGUGACGACCUAUAUCGCAUGUGAAUUCAAGCUCAAGACUUAUCCUAACGUGGCCAAGUGGUACGAAACCGUCCAAAAGGAGAUUCCUGGAUUCGAGGAGAACGUUGAGCUGGCUAAGGAAUAUACAGCGCGCUUGGAAGCGGCUCUUCUAAGGGGAAGCAAGCAAUUUCGUAUUUAUUCAGACAUGGACUUUUAUUAUUUAUCUGCGUCGGCACCAUGCCGUUCGGUUAUAAUGACGGCAAAGGCAUUGGGAGUGGAGUUGAAUAAGAAAAUUCUCAAUCUCCUGGAAGGCGAACACCUGAAACCGGAGUUCCUGAAGAUCAAUCCUCAGCACACGAUUCCAACGAUCGUCGACGAUGGCUUCGUGCUGUGGGAAUCGCGUGCCAUUCUCUCUUAUCUGGUGGAGAAGUACGGCAAGGAUGACUCUCUCUACCCCAAGGAUCCUCAGCAGCGGGCUCUGAUCAAUCAGCGUCUCUACUUCGACAUGGGAGUCCUGUACAAAUCUGCUGCCGAAUAUUACUACCCUCAGUUUAUGCACAACAAGCCCGCUGAUCCCGAGGCAUACAAGAAACUGGAGGCUGCUCUUGGAUUCCUCAACACCUUUUUGGAGGGUCAUGAUUAUGUGGCUGGUGAUCAGCUGACUAUCGCAGACAUUGCCAUCUUGGCCACUGUCUCGACCUUCACAAUUGCCGAGCUCAAGUUAAGCGAUUUUCCUAACGUGGAGAAAUGGUAUGCCAAUGCCCAGAAGGUGACUCCCGGAUGGGAUGAGAACUGGGAGGGAGUGCUGGAGGCCAAGAAGUGGUUUGAGGCAAAGAAAAAUUCCCAGUAAUUUGGAAACAAUCAUAUUCUAUGUGUAAUGUUUAUUGUAUUGUAUGUUGUUAUUUAAAUGUAGAAAAAAAUAAAUUAUCCC